AUGGUACUUGCUCAAGAAGAUCUGGACGCUAUCCGUGAGUUGUUGAAGGCCGAAGCUCCUGAGGACUACACACUCUCUAAGUCGGUCUUUGAUACCGCCAACCCCACCCACUGGGAUCAGGUGAUCCAAGCUAUUGAUAAACGUUGGAAUACUAUGCAGAGUAUGACCGAGGGGUUCACCAACGUUCAGCAGUUCCGCCAGUGGUUGACUCAGAAGGGUCAGGAGUUUGCUCGAGGACUUCGUGCUACUGGGGAGGACUUGGAAGGGUGUUCUAUCUCGCCCACUUCAUGGGGGGCCAUACAGGAAAACCAGUCCUUGAGAGGAAUGGAACCUUCCCAGCGUGCUAUGGCGAAGACCAUUAAUAGUAUGGCGGAAGUGGCUAAGUCUAUGGCAAAAUCGAAUGAAUGGAUGGCCAAAGAGGUUACUAAGUCCUUGGCCGCGGUGAGUCGCCCUGCCCCUACCACGACUACGAGGCGUCCCCUGGCAGAGGUUGUUUGUUAUACUUGCAACAAGAAGGGUCAUUUGGCUUCUAGGUGUCCUAUGAAGGAUGCCAAGGAGUCUACGGCUUGA